AGGCAGCUGCACUAAGUGCUCAGCUUUGGGCUAGGAAGCACUUUAAGAGCUGAGCACAAGGGGCAGCUGGAGCAGGAUGGCGUCCUCCCUCCGCCUGGACGCCACCGCUCUGGUCUCCUGAGAAGGUAUAUCCCAGGAAGGGCGAGUCUAUCAGCUAUCCCCAAACACUGGUGAGUAGCAGGGCAUAACGUCGCUCCCUGGUCUGCAAAUCAUCCUAACAGCACUGCAAACUGUGGCAACCCAAAUUAGCAUUCACAUUUGUAUUGAGCCAACAUAAAUGCUACUUACUACAGCUAAGGGUGCAGGUCAGUGGUAGAACAUUUAGCCAGCAUGAAGCUAUGAACCUGAGCCUCUCUGCCCCUCCCCCACAAAAAGUUUGUGACUUUUAGAAGCAGUAGAAUGAAGUCCUAUGUCUUAAAUAUGUUUAGUUUUAACAAUUAACACACAAAGUAUAGCGGCAGCAUAGCCAAACAGGACCUUGUAGCAUUAAAUAAACCAUGCCAGAGCACACUUACUAAGUGUCUGCACUCAGAGGGGCCUCUGGUACAGAAUCCUAUCUGAAACCCAAGGAAAUGGACGAAGGGAAAGUCUAGAUCGCAGGAUAAGGUCCCCAAAACUCAAAGAAUCAUCUCUAACACUGUGCUCUCUUGGUCCCCAGGCAAUUCUUGCAUGUCAGAUUUUAGACAGUAUCGCAGGAAACUGACAGCCAGCAGGGCAGCCUCGUGGGGAUGAUGCAGAGUUACCUGAUUUCUAGGUCCGAGGCUCCUGGUCUGCCCUAGCGUGACAGUGCAGACACUGACCCGUCACCCUGCACCUGACGCCAGUUUCUGUCUGCCUCCACAGUUUCAGGUGCCAGAUGGAAGGAACGUCUCUUGUUAGGCCCUCAGCACAUGGAGCUGGCUUCAAGUAAGGUCUCCGAGCAAGAGAGAAGACCAGGAUUGAGCCCUUCAAAGCCAUCACAGCCCGGUCAAAGAGGGGUCAGCAGUGACCACACAAGGAGCAGACCAGAGUCCCACACAAAGGACGAUGAGUCUCCUGAAGGAACGGAAACCAAAAAAGCCGCACUAUAUUCCACGGCCCCCAGGAAAGCCAUUUAAGUACAAAUGCUUCCAGUGUCCUUUUACGUGCAAUGAGAAGUCACAUCUUUUCAACCACAUGAAGUAUGGCCUCUGUAAAAACUCCAUUACCUUAGUGUCAGAGCAAGAUCGCAUCCCCAAGUGUCCCAAGUCUAGCUCACUGGACCCUAAGCAGACACACCAGCCAGAGCCCACCUCAAAGCCAGCCACUUCCAAGUCUCUCACAAAUGGACUCUCCAGCUUUGAUCCAAAGUCUCAACAGGGCUCUGCAAAGGAAGAUGCUAAAGAGAACCUAGAAAUACAGGCACGGGGGACCCACAAGGGUCCCCAGAAACCAGCCCUACAGAAAGAAAUGACACCAGAAGCCAUUGUGAGCGCCCAGCCUUGCCUCGAGAGUGGGGUUAGGCCUUCAGCAUUUGUUCCAGUUGGGGAGCACAGACUUAGGGGGCCGGAAGACACAGAGGCUCCUGAAAUGCUGGCAUUAACCAACUCUACCACCAAAGCCACCCCUUUCCAUGCCAAGUCUGCAUUCCAUACUCCUGGUUACCCCUGGAAAGCUGGCCCCCCAUUCCUCCCACCUGAGUUCCCACAUAAAAUCCCAUCUACAAAAGGGUUUGGUGCCAUCUCCCCCUACAUGCACCCUGCAAUCCCUGAGUACCCUCAUCCCUUCUACACAGAGCAUGGGCUGGCUGCCAUCUACCCCCCCUACCUCCUGACUGGGAACACACCUGAGUGUGAGACCACCCUGCUGUCCGUCUAUGGGGCCCAGGACCAAAGACACUUCCUGCCUCACCCUGGGCCAAUCCCAAAGCACUUGAAUGCAUCCCCAUCAACGUAUGACCACUACAGAUUUUUCCAGCAGUACCACUCCAACCUGCCACUUCCUUAUGGGUUUUACAGACCAGAGUCUGCGUUUCCACCAUACAGCCUGAGGCUCCCGCCUGUUAGUGGGAUCACACGAGACCAGAGCUCUCGCCUGCUUGAAGAAGUAGCCCUAGCUUACCCAGCCUCAGGUCCCUCGGAGUUAAACCUUUCAAACUCCCACAGAAAGCACACAGAGUUUGAGAAGGAAAAUCCGGUUCCUGAGGCAAAAGAUCCUUCUAAAGACGGGCAAAGGGAUGCAGAUGAGGCCAAAAUGAGCCCCCGAGCAGGAAGUGCUGCCACAGGCUCCCCAGGACGGCCAAGCCCCUCCAACUUCACACAAACAAGCCAGACAUUCGAGGGCCUAUGUGACCUCUCAAACAAAGCGGCCUCCUCGGGAACCCUGGAGCGGUCCCAGCAGCCUGAGCAGAGCCUCGCCGCCUUCAAGCCUGUCCAGAGGGGCUCAGAAAGUCCUCACUCUCAGCCUCCUGAGUCUCCAAAAAGCCUUCAGGCCAUGAACAGUGACCCUCCAGCGCAGACGGGGAGCAGUACCUCUUUCAUCACAGAAGCCCCACCCUCCAGCCCAGAGGACCACUCCAGAAUAGCCCCCCUCAAUCUCUCCAAGAGGGUGGAGGCAAACCUUGCAGCCACGUAUGGACCCAUGUAUGCAGGUGAUGCCCAGGCAGACACCCUGGGCUUCUCGGAGCUGCAAGACCUGCCACUCAAUCUCUCUGUAAAGGAUCCCUGUAAUGCCUGGGCUCCUAGGCCUGUCCUCCCUGGCCCACCACAAGGCGCAGAACCUGCUGCUGCUGCGGCGGCGGCGGCAGCGGCUGCUCUAAAGACUGAGACAAAAGGUUCUGAAGAUAGGACAAGCCAUGUGGAGACACAGGAAGACAAGGCCCACAGCAGGACCACCCCAGAGGCGCACACGGUAGACAGUAGUGACGAACAGAAGCAGACAGCAGCUGUGGCUCUCUGUCAGCUGGCAGCCUACAGUCCAGGGAACGUCCGAGUGGGCGAUGAUGAAAGCACAGCCCAAGAGUCCACUUGUCAAGAUGCGCCCACCCUGAGUUCUACAGACAACCAGGAGGCUCAGUGUGACCUCAGACCCAAAGGACAAAAGAGGACAAGUCAAAGGGAUGCAGGAAAAUCCCAGCAAGGAACUAAAAGGCCAAAGCUGAAUGAGACCGUACCAAGAGUGCUCACUCUACGUAAAAGAGCCCGGGUGUCCUGAAGCCUCACAGCCUCGGUGCUCUGGCUAAAAAGAUGCCUUUCACACUAUGUUCUGAGCAGCAGCUUCACUUUUUUGCUUUUUUGGAGGAGAUGCGGUCUUGCCCAGUUGCUCAAGCUGGCAUCAAACUCGUGAUCUCCCUGCCUCGGCCUCCUAAGUGCUGGGCAGCCAGUAUACCCACAGUUACCUUCACUUUUUAUCAAGUCAAUUUUUAUAAAUACAGUUUCUCUUUUCUUCUCAAAAAAGACAAAACACUGUAAUCUUGUUCAGUUUUUUUGUUUUUUAACAUUAAGAUAAAUAUUAAAAGGUGUUUCUACUUCUGGCUGUAAAAAAAGAAAAAAAGAAAGAGAGAGAAAGAAAUCUGCAUGGUUCCUGCUCUCCAAGGCUGAUGAAUUAAACUGUGCCAUCCUGUUUGUGACUCACCAGGGAAAUAUACAGAACUAAAAACUAGCUCAGCAGUGUGAAGUCAGCUCACAGAAAAGACCUCUCACAUAUACUAUUUUUCAGGACUAGAGAACUUUUACUAUUUUACUGUAUUUCUAAUAAAUAUAGUUUUGUGUUUUGAUGCCAGAAACAUCUUCAGUUUGAGCAUCAAGUGUUACAUGUAAAGUGCUGUGAUUAUUUCUGACUGAACCAUCCACAAACAUUCAGAUUUUACGAGUAAUUUAUUUCUAUGAGGGAGAUGCAGCGCUGGAGAAGGUAUAAUCAACUUAUUCUAUUUGCUUAUGAUGUCACAGCAAACUUUCUCACAUAGCCUCAUGUUCCGACUCCCUGAGAUGAUGUACAUGUUGAUUUCCCAAUAAACUCAUUGUGAACUUCAAGAACACAUAAAGCAAAGAUCAGCAUAAGCUCAAUGGUAUUAUUUAGUGUUCUUCUGUAACAUUCAGCAAGAAAGACUUGGCAGCUGAGGGCAAUGAAACUAAGAAAGUGCUUCUGAAUUGGCAAAUCAAUUAGUAGCCAUAGAGUCCAGGCAUGUACAGAUCUUCACCCCUGGGGCUU